GUGUUUCUUCCAAUAAAAUAAAUUCAUUGACGUAAAAAAAAGUAGCAAAUCUACUUGUCCAUCUUUUAGCCCAGGGCCACCGCGAACCACCGCCGGAAAAUCAAGAAUGCCACCCAAAUCCGAAACCCAACUGGCAUCAUCCACCGCCAAAACCCAAUUUUCCGAUCCGUCUGAUGACUACUCCAUCGACCCAAUUUUCCACAUCCUCCGUGUUCUCCCAUUCUCCUUCCUCCGCCCUCCAAAGCUCCGUCUGAAAAUCCCAACGGUGACUCUUCCCUCUGCCAUGACAGUUUUCAGCCUUAUCCUUCUUACCUAUUUCAUGGUCGUCUCUGGCAUCGUUUAUGACGUCAUUGUUGAACCUCCGGGAAUUGGAUCAACCCAAGACCGGUUCACCGGAGCUGUUAAACCAGUGGUGUUUCUUCCGGGUCGAGUUAAUGGUCAGUAUAUUAUUGAAGGACUCUCUUCUGGAUUCAUGUUCGUACUAGGUGGUAUUGGGAUUGUGCUUUUGGAUUUGGCAACUGAUAAAAACCGAGAAAAGAGUGUCAAGGUUUCUUUUGCAUCAGCUGGGAUUGUGUUUGUUGUCAUUGCUUAUGUUAUGAGUAUGUUGUUUAUCCGUAUCAAGAUCCCAGCUUAUCUUCGCUGAAAGUUUUAGCCUUUAUCUUUGUUUUAAUAAGCACUAUGUUAUUUUUAGGAUUUCUCUGAAUGGAUUUAGUUUAAAGAGCUUGACAUAUGACACUGUUUGUAGAAGAGGAGUAAGUGAAGUUGUUUCGGGUAUUUGUGGCUUUUGGUAGAUGUUGGUUAUUGAACUGUAUGCAAUCUUGGAUCUCAUGAAUGCUUAGUAGAAAAUUGUUGUCUUUGCUUA